UGGAGCGACACCCAACCCAAAUGUCACUUCCUAAGCACGCGCAGCAAUACCUAGCCAACCAGUUCAAGUACGCGCACCUCAAUGCAUUUGUGUCGCUAGCCGAGCCCUCGAAAUUGGCCUCUUACGCCAACCUCAAGAUCGAACGUCACGAUGUCAAAGACAAACCGAUCGCGAUCAAGGACAACAUCUGCACCACAGACCUGAAGACCACAGCCUCCUCAGGGAUACUGAAAGAUUUCACAAGUCCAUACGAUGCGACAGUAGUAAAACUUCUGCGGGAUGCGGGCGCGGUGGUCUGCGGCAAGACGAACAUGGACGAGUUCGGUAUGGGCUCGCACUCGACGCACUCAAACUCGGGAGCUGUAAAGAUGCAAAGGUGUGCAACCGAGGAAGAGAGGAGUGCUGGAGGCAGUUCAGGAGGAAGCGCCCUUGCUGUUGCAAGCGCACAGUGCUGGGCAGCUCUGGGAACAGACACCGGUGGUUCCGUCAGACUUCCGGCGGCGUACACAGGCGUGGUAGGAUUCAAGCCCAGCUAUGGACUCUUGUCCAGAUGGGGCGUCAUCGCAUAUGCAAACUCACUCGACACCGUUGGUAUUCUAGGCAAAGACGUUGAAGACGUCCGCGCUGUCUUUGAUAAGCUCAACGCCUACGACCCCCAAGACCCCACCUCGCUCCCCCCUUCGACCCGUGCUCGUCUACAAAAUAAGAAAAAGGCCUUCUUCCGAAUCGGAAUCCCGCUAGACUACAAUAUCAGCACGCUACAGCCUGCCGUUCGACAGGCAUGGACGCGUACUUUGAAAGAGCUGUAUGAGAGUGGACACAGCUUGCACCCUGUACACCUACCAGCGACCCAGCAUGCACUGUCAGCAUACUACAUUCUGGCACCUGCGGAAGCCUCAAGCAACCUUGCGAAGUAUGAUGGAGUUCGAUAUGGUAGCAGAGCAGAAGGCAUCGACGGUACACCCGAAAGCGUCCUGUUCGCAAAGACAAGGGGUCAAGGAUUUGGACUUGAGGCACAACGACGAAUUCUGCUCGGCACUUUCACGCUUAGUGCCCAGGCUAUGGACAAUUACUUUAUCCAAGCACAAAAAAUCCGCAGACUCGUCCAAAACGACUUCAACAGAGUAUUCACAACGGUAAACCCUCUAGUAGACGACAUGCCAAAGUCGGAUGAAGAUGAGAACACGGUCGAUGUGAUUGUCUGUCCUACUGCUCCGACGCUUGCACCAUCCCUGACAAGCGUCAAGGAACAAGACCCCAUAUCCACCUACAUGAACGAUGUCUUCACAGUACCGGCCAGUCUUGCUGGCUUACCAUCAAUCAGCGUUCCUGUCCGGAUAGCGCGCGACGAUCUGGCGGCUGAGCAGCCUCUCGAGGAGACUGUUGGCAUCCAGGUCAUCGGCCAGUACGGGGAUGAUGAUCUCGUCCUUGCAGCUGCAGAUGUUAUCUCGAGAGUCGAAUCAAUGAGUCAAGCAUAGAGCAAGGCACCAGACGUGACUUCGUGGGGCGCCAGCACCUCGGAGUGAAACGACACGACCGCUGCGACUGUCCUUGUGGACAGCACUGUAAGAUACAACAAAGUGAGGAUCGACGAUACCCAAUUCAAAAGACUGUACGACAGUUGUAUCAGAGUCUUUAGAUCAAAACCAACACAAUCAACACCAGCCACAAUGCACCUCUGCUCUGUAUACCGCCUUUCCUUUACCGCUUUUGUUGAUCC